UCAUAAAUGCAAAUCUCUCAAUGAAUCAACCUCAUCAAAAUUAUUCAGUUCCAAUAGGGAAAAGUCUCAAUCCUUUCAUAAUUCCAAAUAUCUAUCUAGUUCAUGCUCAAAGAGAAGAUGAUCAAAAGAAGAUGGAAACAAGGAGAUGCAAAGUUGCCCGAGAACAGAGGAGACAAAAAUUACAAAAGAUUAGAAGUACCCGUGCUUCUAAGGCCCGUGAAGUUACAAUAGAGAAACCCCCAAUUUAUAGAGGGAUCCAAAAAAGAAUUCCACAUGUUUUUUUCACUUCAGAUGGAAAGCGAUUUGAAGAAAUUUUAACAAAGAAGUUAAGAAAUAGCGAUGUUAACAAGCUAGGCCGCAUUGUCUUGCCAAAGAGGGAGGCUGAAGAAAAGCUUCCGACGCCAAGCAAAGAAGGGAUCGAAGUUGUUUUUAAGGAUAUACAUUAUGGGCUUGAAUGGAAAGUGAAAUUCAAGUACUGGAUUAAUGUGAAAACUAAAAUGUAUGUUCUUGAGAAUACAGCGAAUUUAGUGAAGCAUUAUGGAUUAUGUAUGGGAGAUUAUUUAAGCCUUUAUGAGGACGAAUCUAAAAACUUGUAUUUGUACACAGAAAAAGGCUUCUGCUCUACCAACACUUGAGCUCUUUCCUCGUGAAGAUGCAACCAAGAAAAAAGAACAAUCCAGAUUGAUUAAUUGUGGCGAAUUAUCAUCACAAAAUAAUGAGAUCGAAUUGGUUGCACCAAACGAAGGAAUUACAAUUUCGACUAUAUUGGAUCAGAAUGUUACAAUAGAUGAUGAUGGUGAUGGUGAUGGUGAUGAUGAUGGUGAUCACCAAAUAAUUUA